UAUAAACUAGUUAUUGUAUUGAUUUUACUUUGUGUUCUAAAAUAUCGAGGAAGUAUCAACGUAAUGUCAGUCUCUGAUAUUGAUCAAGUUGCGGUUGAAAACCUGCAGGAUUAUCUCCGAAUAAGAACCGUUCAACCGAAUAUUAAUUACGAUGAAUGCAUCACGUACCUUCAAAACCAAGCAUCAGCCUUGGGUCUUCCAGUGAAGGUUUACGAGGUGGUACACAAAAAACCUGUACUGGUGAUGACGUGGGAAGGUCAAGAGCCAAGCCUACCCAGUAUACUUCUCAACUCGCAUAUGGAUGUCGUUCCAGUAUUUGAAAAAAGUUGGACAUACCCUCCAUUUGAAGCCAAAAUAGUAGACGGUGUAGUCUAUGGUCGAGGGGUGCAAGACAUGAAAUCCGUGGCCAUACAAUAUUUGGAAACUAUUCGCAGGCUCAAGAACAAGGGAAUAACGCUCAAACGGACUAUACAUUUGUCCUUUGUACCAGACGAAGAAAUUGGUGGGGCCAAAGGUAUGGGCAAGUUUGUCGAAUCGGAACAUUAUAAGAAAUUGAAUGUUGGUUUCGCUCUUGACGAGGGUAUUGCAAGUCCCACUGAUGACUAUAUUGUUUUCAAUGCGGAAAGGUCUAUUUGGCAUGUUACGGUUAUUUGCCCUGGGAAGUCGGGCCAUGGCUCUUUGUUGCUCCCGGAUAAUUGUGGCGAGAAGAUGCGUUACAUUAUCGAUAAGUUUAUGGACUUGCGACAGGAGUCAAAGAAGAAACUAGAAGAUAAUCCACAACUUACUAUCGGCGAUGUCACAACGGUAAAUUUGACCAUGCUUGAGGGCGGCAUCCAGAAUAAUGUUGUUCCAGAAAAAUUGUCAGCAAGUUUCGAUAUGCGCUUGGCGUUAUCUGUCGACUUUAAUGAAUUUGAAAAUAUGAUUAAAAAUUGGUGCAAGGAAGCUGGAGCUAACGUAACAUAUCAGUUUGAGCAGAAAGAUGACUAUGUCCCACCAACACCAGUAAAUGACUCUAAUCCUUACUGGGUAGCAUUCAAGACUGCUAUUGAAAAACUUAAAAUCCCACUCCAACUUCGCACUUUCCCUGGUGGUACAGAUUCUCGCUACGUACGUAAAGCCGGCGCACCAGCCCUUGGAUUUUCACCGAUUCGCCGGACCCCACCCGGUCUACACGAACACAAUGAAAGUCUACAAGUCUCAGUAUUUCUGGAGGGCAUUCGAAGCUAUGAGGAAAUUGUGCCAGCUGUCGCAAAUUCUUAAAUAUUAUUUGUUUUAAAUAAAUGUAUAUAAAACAU